UUUGCCGUUCUGACGCGUCUACGUCGGCAUACAAUAUCUCACUCGAAACAGUAUCGAAGGUACUAACAUCGUGUCUCCCUCCCAGCAUUGAUAUAAAAGCCGGACAAGCUUGCAGACAAUAACACAGAACAACGCCUAUCAAACUCUCAACAGUCAAAGAAAACGCAGCGCUAAGCAUGUCUUUGAACAAAAUUCCCACUCGUCAGCUUGGUCGCGACGGGCCUCAUGUGAGCUCCAUUGGAUUAGGUUGUAUGGGUAUAGGAGCAUGGUAUGGAAAUACCGACAAGGACGCUGCAUAUAAAGCUUUAACGUAUGCUGCAGACCGCGGUAUGACCUUCUGGGACACCGCGGAUGUCUACGGAGACUCCGAGCAGGUCAUAGGCAAGUGGUUCAAGGAGACAGGCCGUCGCUCUGACAUCUUCCUAGCGACUAAAUUUGGGGCCUUCGACCCCGAAACACAGGGCCUUCAAGGCCGACUCAACCCAAUUUCCUCGCCAUCUUACAUCAAACGUGCACUUGCUCGCUCACUCGCGCGGCUCGGAACGUCAUACAUUGAUUUAUACUACCAACACCGUGUCGAUCCUAAGGUACCCAUCGAGAUUGUUCUCGAGACGCUUCGCCCGGAGGUUGAGAAAGGUGCAAUAAGGUGGGUGGGGUUGAGUGAGUGUAGUGCGGAGGUGAUGAGGAGGGCGAGAAGGGUGCCUGGAAUUGGGAAGCGUGUUGUUGCGUGUCAGAUGGAAUUCAGCCCGUUUGAACUUGUGCAUGAGAAAGACGGAUUCACGAAAGCUGCGGAAGAGGAAGGUGUUGCGUUCGUUGCGUAUAGCCCGCUUGCGCGUGGGUUGAUUAGUGGACGAUACAGAAGCCGAGCAGAUUUUGACGAGAACGACCUCCGCUUGCUCAUGCCCCGCUUUUCGGAGGAGAACUUCGCGAAGAACCUCGAACUAGUUGACAAGUUCAAAGUCGUAGGAGAGAAGUACGGUGCAACACCCAGUCAAAUCGUACUCGCUUGGAUUCUCGCAGCCUACCCUAAUUUCAUACCAAUACCGGGCAGCCGUUCCGCCGAUCGCGUCGAAGAGAACGCACGCGCAGCCGAGUUGAUGUCAGAAUUGAAACCAGAGGACAUCUCCGCCAUCCAAGCACUCGUCGAAGCUGCUGACGUGCACGGAGAACGAAUGCCAGAGACGUACUUGAAAGCGCAUAACGAUGAGUGUAUUCCUUUGGAGGAGUGGAAAGGGGAGGAAAGUAAAGAGUGGGGAGUGGGGAAAGAGGAUAAAUGUUGAGUUGAGACAUUCUAACAUUCAUGUAUAUUGACUGAAAGUGAUGGGAUAGGGGGUUGGGAUAUAGUACUGGUAGACGAAGAUAGUUGAAUGCUAUUUGUGCAAUCGAAUAAUGAACCUAUAUGCAAGGC